GGGGAAAUAUUCAGCGCAACAAGCACAACGACGUUUGACUUAUCGUUAUAUCGACUAGAAAUAAGCUUUUCAAAUAAUUCUCCAAAAUAAAUCACUAAAUAAAAAAAAUGUUUGGGUGGAGUAGUGAUGAGGAUGAGUCAGAGAAGAAGAGCGCCACCUCUUCACCCCGCGCAAAACAACCUCGUUUAGAAGGAGGCACAAGCAGUGGUCUUGCUCACGGAAGACAAGCUGGAAAGGGUAACGGAGCGGCUCAGCAGACAGCACAUCAUCAAGGUAAUACAGUUUCCGCAGGAUCGGGUGCUCAACAGUCAGCUCACAAGGUAGAAGAUGAACGAGGAGGAUCAUUAGCCGCGGCCCAGCGUGGUAGUGCUUCGAGCCGCGACAUUUUUAAAAGUCGGCAAGAGCAGCAAACACGACUACAAGAUGAAAAAAUUACAGCGCCUACACCAGAGAUCCACUCACCUGACGAUUAUAGUGACGACCUUGCUGCUGGCCUAGGUGAUGGGCCAACUACCUUUGGUACAACUGGAUCUGCAAACACAGAAUCUGCAAACACAGGUUCUACUAAUAUUAAAACACAUCAUAGUACAAAGACGACGAGCACCAGUUCGAAUAUUAAUACUACAUCUUCAGGAGGAGAAGUACUCGUAGAACGAGAUGCAGCAGCUAGUAAAGGUAAGACUACUAACACUAACGACCCCUUUGCUCACGUCGAACUUCCCCCAACACCACCUGGCAGCCCAGAUCCAGGCCUCACGGCACGUAUGGAGAGGUUUAUGGACCUGAAAGCUAGAGGAAAGCAUCUAAACGACGCGAUCGAAGCGAGUGUAGACUAUCAGAACCCGUACAUUUUGGAGAAAGUUAUCAAACUCUUCGACAUAGACGAAUACUGUACGAACUUCCCGCCAGAGCAGUUUGACCCGUCGUUGUAUCUGCAGAUAAGUGGUGGAGGAGGAGGGGGAAGUUGAACUUGAGACGGGGGUGGAUUUUAUCAAGAACAUUUUGGUUUUUUUCCACCAGCCUCAGCGUCAUCUCUCUUGAACUUAAACAUUGAAAACAUUUUCAUCAAGAAGAUGUUGACGUCGCGACACCUCAGACGACCUUACAACCCUGUAUCAACAACUCGAGCGUCCAUUUUCUCAUCCUUGGAAAUGACUCUAUACCCGACACCGACAAAAAUUUCUACAGACAGAUCUCAAUCCGAGAUUUCUACAGACAGAGCUCACUCCGAUGUAUGUUGAACCGGGUUCGCACAGACGAGGACAAAAACAUCAGAGAAAAAACACACCUAGAGAUUUUUGGUGUGAAGAUGUCCACCCUCAUUAGCAG